GUCAGCUGACCUGUCUUGUGAUAGCAGUCAGUCUGUACUUCGAGGGAAGAGCACGAAUUCUGAUCGCUGUCUAAACUACGAACCUGAAGACGUCGCAUCUUGUCAAUUAACUGAUCAAAAUGACGAAUCAAAGUUUGCUGAAGAUUGCGCAAGAGGACCGGGAAGGCAAGUUCGGAUUCGUCUAUGCGGUAUCCGGACCUGUCGUCACUGCUGAGAAGAUGUCCGGAUCAGCUAUGUAUGAGCUGGUACGAGUUGGUUACUACGAAUUAGUAGGAGAAAUCAUCAGAUUGGAAGGUGAUAUGGCUACAAUACAGGUGUAUGAAGAGACAAGUGGUGUGACAGUUGGUGAUCCGGUACUUCGUACUGGUAAACCACUAUCUGUCGAAUUGGGUCCUGGCAUUCUCGGCAGUAUCUUUGACGGUAUUCAGCGUCCGUUGAAAGACAUCAACGAGCUUACAAGUUCGAUUUACAUCCCAAAGGGUGUCAAUGUACCAGCGUUAUCUCGCACCGCUUCGUGGGAAUUUAAUCCUCACAACAUAAAGAGCGGCAGCCACAUCACAGGCGGUGAUAUGUACGGUAUCGUGCACGAGAACACUUUGGUAAAACAUCGCAUGAUAUUGCCACCCAAGUGCAAAGGCACCGUCACUUACAUCGCACCUGCUGGCAACUAUACCGUUGAUGAUAUCGUACUGGAAACUGAGUUCGAUGGCGAGAGACAAAAAUAUACUAUGCUCCAGGUGUGGCCAGUUCGUCAACCUCGUCCAGUUACCGAAAAAUUGCCAGCUAAUCAUCCUCUACUCACUGGUCAACGAGUCUUGGACUNUCUUUUCCCAUGCGUACAAGGUGGAACCACAGCUAUUCCCGGUGCUUUCGGUUGCGGCAAAACCGUCAUCUCGCAAGCUUUAUCCAAAUAUUCCAACUCCGAUGUGAUUAUCUACGUUGGUUGUGGAGAACGUGGUAACGAAAUGUCCGAAGUAUUGCAUAAUUUCCCCGAGUUGACUGUAGAAAUUGAAGGCGUCACCGAGUCCAUCAUGAAACGUACCGCUUUGGUCGCCAAUACGUCCAACAUGCCGGUGGCCGCUCGUGAAGCUUCCAUUUACACCGGUAUUACGCUAUCUGAAUAUUUCCGAGACAUGGGUUAUAAUGUGUCGAUGAUGGCUGACUCGACAUCUCGUUGGGCCGAGGCUCUUCGAGAAAUUUCAGGUCGUCUGGCUGAAAUGCCUGCCGAUUCUGGUUAUCCUGCUUAUCUUGGUGCUCGUUUAGCCAGUUUUUANGAACGUGCUGGAAGAGUAAAAUGUUUGGGAAAUCCGGAUCGCGAGGGAUCUGUUAGUAUUGUUGGUGCCGUCUCACCGCCAGGUGGUGACUUUUCUGAUCCUGUGACCAGCGCUACGCUCAGUAUCGUACAGGUGUUCUGGGGAUUGGAUAAGAAACUUGCGCAACGCAAACAUUUCCCGUCUAUCAAUUGGCUUAUAUCGUACAGCAAAUACUUGCGCGCGCUCGAUGAUUUCUAUGACAAGAAUUUCGCGGAGUUCGUCCCGCUGCGAACGAAGGUGAAGGAAAUUUUGCAAGAGGAAGAAGAUUUAUCCGAAAUUGUGCAGCUGGUAGGCAAAGCCUCGCUCGCCGAAACGGAUAAGAUCACGCUGGAAGUAGCAAAAUUGUUGAAGGACGACUUCUUGCAACAAAACAGCUACUCGCCGUACGAUCGUUUCUGUCCGUUUUAUAAAACAGUGGGAAUGUUGCGAAAUAUGAUUGCAUUUUACGAUAUGGCACGACACGCGGUUGAAUCAACAGCCCAGUCAGAUAAUAAAAUCACAUGGAACGUUAUAAGGGACAGUAUGGGCAAUAUUCUUUAUCAGCUAAGCUCUAUGAAGUUUAAGGAUCCUGUGAAGGAUGGCGAAGCGAAGAUCAGGGCGGAUUUCGAUCAAUUGCACGAGGAUAUUCAACAGGCGUUCAGGAAUUUAGAGGACUAAACUUCUAUUACCUGUUAAAAGCAAUUUUUAAGAUAUUAAGAUUAUAUUGUUCUGUAAUUUGGCUCUAACAUUUAAGUAUGUCCCGGUCUAUCUCAUGUGAGCUUGCCAAAAACAAACAAAAAAAAAAAAAAAGUUAAAGGCAGUGUUAUUAUUUUACGCAACAUUUAUUGAACAUAUAUUUUAUCUUGUAAGCAGUAAGUGAAUUGUAAAUAGAGAAAAUUACGAUAAAAAAAAAAAAA